AUUUUCAAUUCAGUUGGCGGUUAACAUUCAGAAUUAAACAUACGUAGAUUAGAAAUAACGAACGUUUUAAAAAUCAUAAGAUUUCAAAACUUUAUAAUAAUGAAGUGGUGCUGUAGUCGUUAUACUACUGGAGUCGCAAUUGGCUCUAUAUAUAUUGUGGUCAUCGUAUUGUUUUUUAUUUCAACAUGUGUUACUUAUGUACAUUAUGACAAGGUCCAUGAUCCACAACGUAGAGAUAACUUGAAAUCUGUAGCUAUCAAAUCGAUGAUAGUAUGUGCUGUAUCAGUUAUAAUAUCUGCUCUCUUCAUAGUGGCCAUUGUAAAGAGAUAUAAAUACUUGAUAAUUCCCUGGCUUUUACUGGUUGUCUAUUAUUUUUGUGCAACUUGUAUGUUCAUAUUCGCAUGGUUUAUUGGAGCUGGAAUGGGUGGUGCUUCAGGUUUAACAUUUUUGCUAAUAGUGGCGAUUGGUGUCUUAGCAAUUGUUAUACAAAUUGCCAUUUUUUGGUUUAGUUGUUCUCUGUUCAGAGAAAUACAUUUGGAAUAUAAAGAACAUACUCCAAUACCAAAAUCAGAUCCGAUGACGGAACGUAGUUUUGUGUGAAUUUAUAUGUAUAAAGAAAUAAAUUUUAUUUUGGAUUUUUUUUGAAUAACAUAUUUAUUAUACAUA